AUGAAGUUGUUCUCACCUAAGUAUCCAACUAAAAUUGGGACUUGGAAUGUACGAACACUGUAUCAAAGUGGAAAGAGCUUGCAGACAGCCAAAGAAAUGGACAGAUACAGUAUUGAAAUUUUAGGACUCCGUGAAAAAACAACCAUAAUCCAGGUUUACUCGCCAACAAAUAAUGCAGAUGAAGAAGAGAAAGAUGACUUUUACAACUCUCUGCAGACCACUGUAAAUUCUGUGCCUAAACGAGACAUCCUCAUGCUACUAGGAGACCUCAAUGCAAAAGUGGGUAAGGACAGGACAGGGAGAGAAAGAGAAAUGGGACCAAAUGGAAUCGGUGAAAUGAACGAGAACGGUGAAAUAUUUGCUGAUUUUUGUGCUGUAAACAGUCUAGUAAUAUGUGGUACACUCUUCCCCCAUAAAAACUGCCACAAAAUUACUUGGGUUUCGCCGAAUGAAGUGACAGAAAAUCAGAUAGACCAUAUUGCUAUAUCCCAAAGAUGGAGGUCAUCUCUACAAGAUGUACGAAACAAGAGAGGAGCAGAUAUAGCAUCAGAUCACCACCUAAUCAUUGCAAAGAUACAACUAAAACUACUUUCAACAAAAAAAGCAAAAUCCAGGAGGAAGAAAUUUAAUGUUGAUCUUUUCAAAGACCCUUAA